GUUGUGAUAGGACCAGCAAACCGAUGACAACGACUUGGUAUGCCGCGACCUGCACGCCGUACUGGGCCGUUUUCUUUUCGCCAGUUUUCUUGCAACCUACCUGCCGCGCGGUUCGCGUAACGGGUUACCCGACCACAUCUCUCUCGCUCUGUGGGGUGUGUUGCUUAUUAUUGCUAACAGCUGUGCGUGUCGCUAUUUCGCGACUGUGGUAUGAUCGAUUGUUUCGAUCGGUGCAAAGGAUAAACGCGUGUGCUAAAAAUUUGUGUGCUGUAGAAGCCCUCGAAUUGUGGAAGGCGUGACACAAGGGCCAGUGACGUAGUGCUGUUUGUAAUAUUGUUCCCCGAGCAAGGGGAAUCAAUUAAUGCGUUAUCGGCAUUGAGACGAACAUACCUGGCAGAUGAUAGCGGUUCCCUUUGCUGCUGUGUAACACCAGCCCCGUCGGAGUUCAACCCCUGGCGUUGUUAGCACGAGCGAUGAGACUAGUGUCCAACAUCUACAAUGAAAGCAUUGAAACAUCACUAGGAGGAAUCGCGAAACAUCUAACGCAACCGCAAGAAUCGCGAGGACUGCCGAACCAUUCAACUCGCCAGCAGCAGCAGCAACAGCAGCAGCAGCAGCACUUUGUCACUCUAGGCAGUCUAAAGCGUUGGGGCGAACAGUCAGAAGACGAUCGCGGCCAGCCCCGUCCGCGUCCGACCGAUUACAGCCAAUUUGCUCCAAACGUUGAAGCCGGCCCGAAACACCCAGUUACUCCGUUUCCGUGCGAUGCCCAGAUCAACAAUCGUUUCGUAAUUUGGGAGGGAGACAUCUCGCAGCUCAAAGUCGAUGCCAUCACCAACAGCACCGACGAAACGUUGACGGAAAAGAAUCGUGUGUCGAAGAAAAUCUUUGGCCGUGCCGGUGCAGCACUAACCUCCGCGAUCGUUCACGACGUGAGAAGAUGUAAGACUGGUGAAGUUCGUGUUACACCAGGAUUCUUCUUACCGUCAAAGUACAUUAUUCACACCGUCGGUCCCAUCUACAGCGAGAAGUACAGGACUGCUUCGGAAGCAACGCUGCACGCUUGUUAUCGCAACGUGUUGUACAAAGCAAGGGAACUAGGAUUAAGAACCGUAGCCCUAUGUGAUAUUAGCUCGGUGCAGCGCAACUUCCCACCAGACACUGCUGCACACAUAGCAUUGAGGACUGUUCGUCGUUUUCUGGAGCAAUACCGUGCCGAGAUUGUGAUAGUUUGCCUUGAAUCUAAUGCGCGCAGUAUCUACGAGGUACUAGCACCGUUGUACUUUCCGCGCGACGCGCUCGAAGAACGAAGUGCUUUGUGGCAGCUGCCGAAGGACAUCGGAGGACUGUAUGGUGAACCGCAGCUAGCUGAUCGUCAGAUUCGCAUCAUUCAUAACCCACAGCAUUCCGUCAUGAUAGAAGCUGAUGACGAUUCCGACACCAGCCCACAUGAUCUGGAAAUGGGGUCCGACGUCGAGUAUAGCAAUAUUAACCUAAGCCUGGCAGCUCAACUGUCUGGAGCAGCUCAUUCCUUCACCCAGAUGCAGGGUGAUUUAGAUCGACAACGUCUUCUGGGCGAUCGGCCACGCAUGGUUUACGAGAGUGUGCUUGACGAUGGCUUGGAAGGAAUCGAACACCAGGAAAGUUCACCUUUGUUGGUGGAUUGCGAUACGACCACAGAAAACUAUUGUCCGGAGAUGAUUGGCCACGUCCUGGCCACGCACGUCGGCAAACGAACCCGUAUUCUAGACGGCUCCUUUACGUACGUCGAGCUGAUGAAGCACUACCACUCGUCGCUCGACGAGAGCGAAUGGCAAAAGGAGAAUCUAUACGAACGACUGCUGCGACGUGCUAAAACGGAAGACCUGUCGGAAGUUUCUGGCAUCGGAUGUCUCUAUCAGAGCGGCGUAGACAGGCUCGGCAGACCGGUGGUCGUGUUCUGUGGCAAAUGGUUCCCCGCUCACAACAUCGACCUUGAGAAGGCCCUGCUCUACCUGAUCUAUUUGCUCGAUCCGAUCGUUAAGGGCGACUACGUGAUCGCCUAUUUCCACACGCUGACGAGCUCGAACAACUACCCAUCUCUGCAGUGGCUGAAGGACGUCUACAGCAUACUGCCCUACAAGUACAAGAAGAAUUUGAAAGCCUUUUACAUUGUGCAUCCCACUUUCUGGACAAAGAUGAUGACCUGGUGGUUUACAACGUUCAUGGCACCGGCAAUCAAGACAAAGGUGCACUCGCUCCCGGGCGUGGAGCAUCUGUAUUCGGCCAUCGCGAAGGAUCAACUGGAAAUUCCGGCUUACAUUACCGAGUACGAUAUGGCGACCAACGGUAUACACUACUUCCAACCGAUCACAAACACAUCGUCGCCAGCGUCCUAAGCAUCGGACGGACCCGUCAACACCCCUGUUGUUGUACGCACCAUCAGCUUCCGGUUAUUGUUGAUGCGGAAGAUCGAUUAGCGAUCUUGUUUAUUGCACACUACACUGCACAUGAGCACAUAGUCUUACCCCAAACAAAGAAAAAAGAAAAACACACAAACACGAACUCCGAGCGCAUUUAUCAACGGUACCACCGUUUCCCACCCGAAAAUUGCGACAGGUUUUCAAUCGAUACAAUAUCCUCACUUCCUCCCGCCAUCAUGCAAUGAAGAAGAAAGUGGCAAUAGUUAAUGGAGAGCUAAAAGCAAACGAUAACUUCAUACAUCCAUCGUACUGUUGCUACUGUUCUGUCGAAGCAAUGUUUAAUAUGAUAAGCGGGACUGAAACUGAAAUCUUUGCUUCCCUUUCACCACUGUUAGGUGUUGUGUAUGUGUGAGAGAGAGCGUGCAAAGAAGAUACUGGCAGUAAAUUUGGCGUGAUAAGUAGAAUCCCUGCAUCAAAACAAGCAAGCAGAAGUAAUGGUACUUACCUUUCUUGCUAAAGGAAAAGAUUAAUGCAUAACAUGGUAGCAAGACAAUGUGCGAACAAAAAAAGAAUAGUAGAAAACUCACAGGGUGAUACUGCAACAGUGUUGACGAAGGCGGCGUACGGUUGGUUUUAGAAUGGGAGUACCCGUUUGCGAAACGGACACGCCUGUGCCAGAGAGCAAGUGGUAAAAAGAAUAUAACGAUUGUACUAUUUAACUCUAGUAGACAAACUUAAACUGUCUCAUACUCUCAGAUAUACAAUGCUAAAACCUAGAAACUGAAGCCUUCGCCAUCAAUCGUGUGCGCAACUAGCAGCGACAGUUAAGCGCCGUUCGUUAGCAGAGGAUAAAAUAUGUAGCGGAUGUCGUCCAGCAUCCGACCAUAAUAUUGAGAAGCAAUGUGUAGCGCGCACGCAUUGUGCGUGUGUGAACAUAGGGAUCCGAUAAAAGUAGAUAAACGAAAACUAAUAUACAUUUUGUUCAGCCAGUCCCCCGUUGAACGAGACCCGUUAAUGAAAAUCGUUGUUAUUGGUCACUGAGCGCGUAGUGCGAGUAGCAGCAGUGGUUUGUUGCUGUUAACCCCGACCCCCGAGGUGUGUUAAAACGAAUUUAUUGUCCUCGAAUUUCCUCUUCCUUUUGCACUGACUUUCGACUAAGAUGGGCGCGCAUUGAUGAUGCUUCGCGCUCGGGACGCCAAAUGUAAUUACACUUUAUUCGCACAUUCACCUGGUUGGGUAGUAGUUAUUCAACUAAAAAUUGAAAAUUCAAACAACAGAAAAAACAGAACUAUAAGAGCAAUCUAAAUAGUCAUGCAAGUGUUAAAAUAUUUGUAUUAAGUUCUGCGUGAGCUUUUCAACACGACCACAUGUUUAUAUUUUUAAUAAUUAUUAUUUCGGGUUUCGGUUGCCAUGCCCGGAGUGUCUUUCGGAGAUUAAAACCAAAAAAAAAAAGAAAAAUACAGGAGCAAAAUGGUAUCAGGUGUAUUAAGUUUUUACCGGUACCGUUUUGGGCGUUGUUUGAUUUCCAAUUUCGCUUCUAUCGUUCUGGAUGUGUAGUGUCAUACGAGUUGAGUUUGAUCGUUUGGCACUGCACAACUGUACCCGUGCUCGUGCAGAAGGAGUAAAUCUAUUGUUAUAUGGACCUUGCAAUGGACGAAUUGUUAAAGAACUGUGCGUCCGAUCAUUAUACAAAAGACAUAUAUUGCGUAGUACUGUUGAAAAUGGGCAAGCGAAAGUGGAUGCAGGGUCGAUGCAGUGUAAAUUAUCACGGCUCAGGUCGACGAUAAAACACUGCAACAAGCGAAUGAAAAGUAUUAAAGCGAAUUGAGAAAGGGAGAUAUUGAGCAAACAAAUGGUAGCAAUAGACAAGUUGAUACAUAUAUACAUACACUUGUGUAUAAAGAACACGGCCCCAUGCAAAUACACACACAAACACAGAUGUAUGACUAACGAUUAGUGAUAUAUUCGCAACUGCGUAAUUGCGCUAUAUUUUAGGACAUGAUAAUCACGAAAAAUUGAUGCACAGAACCCCACUAUCAUCCUGCGCUCAUCCUACGAAAAAAACAACUGUGCAAUUUAAACAACCAUUACAUCUGCUGCAUUCUUACUGUUUGAGUAUUGUGGAGUUAUUGUGAAAGUUUUCAUCCCAUCUGUGAAUGCUGUUAUAUUUUACCUAUAGAUCAUUAAAAAAAUACACACAUAUAAAGUGUAAAGGAUCGUUUCAUGGACACAAGCAUACCAGGAUCGGCGUUUGGUUAAAAAAAAACAUUUUGCUUUAGGCGCCAUUCCACACUCAACGCGCUACUGUUGACAGUCGUUUUUGUAAUGUGCACCAACAGAUAAGUACAGAACCACAACCAUUAGCAGAGCAAUUAUGGUUCUGCCUAAAAUGCCUUAGCCAAAUAAAACAUUUGCGUUUGUUAUGUUGUACAUUUAAACUUUACGCUAAUUGAGAUUGGUUUUAGUAUGUAGAAGAACAACUAAUUCGGGUUGACUGCUUGUACAGGGGAAGUUUUCCUACAUUUUCCACUAACAUACAUUGACAGCAUGACUGUUUCCUAGUUUCUGGCACUAUCACCAUAUUUCUCUCCCAAAAGAUAUGUUGCGUGUUUCAAUCUCCUCUUCUUCAACUCAUACAUUGAAUGUGCCAAUGUUUCUUCAUGGUUAACAGUUUCACGGCGUAACGCAAGCUCAAAACAAACAAACAAAAAUUGAACAAGAAAAUCACGAAGAUUUAAAAAAGAAAGAUAAUAUCAUUCCACAGCAAUCAUACUCCUUCAUCAUCGUGUCACACAUGUAACACCUUUCAGGGCUUACGUAGUGAAAUAUGUAGUGUGUAAAGCUAGUCAAAGAAGAAGAAGAAGAAGAAGAAGGAAAAAACCGUAACAUGAAACGAAAAACUUUAAUUCCAUGCUGUUUGUAAGAUUUGCAAUGAGCUGAGAAAGCAAGAGAAAGAAAGUAAAGCAGAUCAAAACGAGAAACAAAAAAAACAAAGCAAAACAAAACAAAAGUUAAGACAAAAAUGCGCCAAGCGAUUUCAAAUGUUAAUCAACAAAAUAGCUAAAUCCCGACGUUGCUGUAGCAAAAUGAAAUGAAAGACAAAUCAAACGCCUAUGCAUGCCUGCGCCUACACGUACUAACAACGUUGAAGCCUCCUUCCCUCCGCUCUCACCGUUUCGCAACCCCAUUCGCCCCAAACAAGAAAGGGACGGAAAAAGGAGUUUGAAAAGGAGGAUGGAACACAGAUAACAUCACACAUUAAUUAAUCGCAAAGUUGAACCAAGCAAACACCAAUUUCAUUGUUUCGUUUUGUACUUAGAGGAAAAGAAACAUAGUAAGUGUGAUUCGUUUCGCCCUAGAGCAAUGAGCGUGUUGUGUAUAGUGGGAAUGAUGAUAGGUUGUUGAUAGCGUUGGCAUGGAUUGCUCCAGUCAACCAUCUUCGAACGGCGGUAGCAACAAAAAGGAAUUACAGUUGAAAAUUGUAGCUUAAAUGGCUGGAAUUCUGCGGGUCGACGUGUAAUGAAGGAUUAUAUUUAACAGGUUGAACCAAAGACGCACCUACAUGGGAGGUUCCAACACCUUUAGCGUUCGAUCAGUCGAGAUACACUCUUAAAUAGAUGAAUAUUACAUUUCACACCGAGCGAAGCGGAAAGAACAGUAGAUAGUUUAUGGUGUAUGCGCUGUUCAUGAUCCGCCUGAAGUGCGGUAGAGCAAACGUUUCUCAAAUACAAAAACUCCUCUUAACAGGCACACACACACACAACCAGGUAGUGUAGUUAAGGCUGACCAAUUUUUGUUGCCGUUUCCUGCACGCUAGGGUCGGCAGCCCCCCGGGACGAUAAGGAUGACAACGGAGGAACCCUAAGAAAGCAGUGCUAGCAGCAACAGUAUAUCGACGAUGUACAUACACACGACACUGUUCACGCCUGGUGAGCUUUUAAGUUUGCGAUUUGUUGUUUAAUCUUUGCACGGGAAACAAAGUGUUGGUAAUGCAAACGAAACGAGCAGCCUACUCCCCAAUUUUGUUAAAUAUUAUCAGCAUUAGGUGGCAAGCUACUAAAAAACAAGCAAAACCAAAACGAACAAAAAAAGGUAUUUAAACAAAUAAGGCUCAAGCACGAAAGCGUUUUAAAAUUCAAUCCUGUAACCAGCAGGAAUACGGCCGAUGAAGGAUGAACAAGUGAAUGAAUUUAAUAGUUGCGAGUGUGAUUCUAAGAAAUAAACUAUUUGGUUGAUUGGAAAAA